AUGAGAGCGUGGCUGCCUCUCAGUCAGCUAGGAGUCUUGGCGUCAUCUAUGAUGAGCACAUGUCUUUUCAUGCACGUGUCUAGCAUCUGUAGAUCAUCAUUUUAUCAUCUCAGGAACCUAUCUAGAAUUAGGAAGUAUCUCAUUAAAGAAUCAGUAGCAGUUGCUGUUCACGCAUUUGUCACAUCGAAACUAAACUAUUGUAAUGCAUUAUUAUGUGGCUUGCCUAAGUAUCAGUUACAAAGAUUGCAAUAUGUAAAAAACACAGUGGCUAGAGUUGUGUGUCAAAUGAGUAAGUUUCAGCAUAUCACUUCUGUUUUGCAGGAGCUUCACUGGCUACCGAUCCAAUACCGUAUUAUUUUCAAGAUUCUGCUUCUAGUGUAUAAAUCACUGAAUGGGGCAUCGCCUAGCUAUUUAGCUUAG